AUACCAAAACUGGCCACACAUAUAACAACAAAUCAUUUCUCGCUUUCAUGACCUUUUUCUCCCUCUUUUCUUCAACCACAAGCUAUCCAACAAACUCCUUCAUUCCUUCUUAUCUUCUUUCUUCCUCAGCCAUCUCUCUUCUCUCUCUCUCCUUCCCACCUAGGAGGGAUGGAGACAAGAAAGAAACCAAACAAAUGCACGUUUCCCAUCUUUGAUAUUUCUCCAAAGCCUUCCAUGGCUCUCCUCCUGGCUAUUCUCCUCUUCCUCUCAGGCCCUGCAGCGUCUGCCGUGGGACCGGCUACCGGUUUUAAACCGGCAGAUGAUAUCCUCAUUGAUUGUGGAAGCAAAUCUUCAUCCAAAACACCAGAUGGAAGAGUCUUUAAGAGUGACCAAGAUACGGUCCAAUACAUAGAAGCCAAGGAUGAUAUUCAGGUCUCGGCCCCACCUUCAGACAAGGUCGCAUCUCCUAUCUACCUGACUGCAAGGAUCUUCCGUGAGGAAGCCAUCUACAAGUUCCAUCUAACCAGGCCUGGUUGGCAUUGGGUUCGCCUCCAUUUCUUGGCCUUCCCUAAUGACAAGUUUGAUCUCCAGCAAGCAACUUUUUCCGUUGUAACAGAGAAGUAUGUGCUGCUUCAUAACUUCAAGAUUACUAACAACAACAAUGAUAGUCAAGCUGUUCUCCAGAAGGAGUAUCUCGUCAACAUUACGGAUGCACAAUUCUCCCUCAGGUUCAGACCUAUGAAAAGCUCUGCAGCAUUCAUCAACGCUAUCGAGAUUGUCUCUGCUCCAGACGAACUGAUCUCUGAUUCGGGCACAGCCCUUUUCCCAGUCAACGGUUUCUCUGGUCUGUCUGACUAUGCGUACCAGACCGUUUACAGAGUCAAUGUUGGUGGUCCUUUGAUCGUGCCUCAGAACGACACGUUAGGAAGAAGCUGGAUACCAGAUAAGGAGUUCUUGAAAGAUGAGAAGAUGGCCAAGGACGUGAAGACGACCCCUUCCGCGAUCAAGUACCCUCCUGGAGUUACACCUUUGAUUGCUCCACAGACGGUUUAUGCAACAGCUGCUGAAAUGGCUGAUUCUCACACCAUUGCUCCUAACUUCAACGUGAGCUGGAACUUCCCCUCGAACCCGGCGUUUAACUACCUUAUCCGGCUUCAUUUCUGUGACAUCGUUAGCAAGUCUCUCAAUGACUUGUACUUCAAUGUGUACAUCAACGGCAAAACUGCCAUUUCUGGGCUGGAUUUGUCUACUGUCGCCGGCGGUCUCGCAGCUCCUUACUACAAAGACAUUGUUGUGAACGAGACACUUAUGACUCCUGAGCUGCUAGUGCAGAUUAGUCCCAUGGGAGAAGAUACAGGUACUCCAAACGCAAUCUUGAAUGGAGUUGAGGUCUUAAAGAUGAGCAACUCCGUGAACAGCCUUGACGGAGAGUUUGGAGUUGAUGGUAGAACCACCGGCAUGGGGAAACACGGUAUGGUUGCGACCGCGGGGUUUGUGAUGAUGUUUGGAGCUUUCAUUGGGCUUGGAGCCAUGGUCUACAAGUGGAAGAAGAGGCCACAAGAUUGGGAGAAGAGAAACAGUUUCUCCUCUUGGUUGCUACCGAUACACGCUGGUGACAGCACUUUCAUGACGAGCAAAGGUGGUUCCAGCUUGUACAACUCAACUAUGGGCCUCGGCCGCAACUUCUCCCUUUCAGAGCUUCAGGAUGCUACGCAGAAUUUUGAAGCAUCUCAGAUUAUCGGUGUUGGAGGGUUCGGUAAUGUCUAUAUUGCCACCCUCGACGACGGAACCAAAGUUGCUGUCAAGCGAGGUAACCCACAGUCUGAACAAGGAAUCACUGAGUUUGAGACAGAGAUCCAGAUGCUUUCUAAGCUCAGACACCGACACUUGGUCUCCUUGAUUGGUUACUGUGAUGAAAACUCUGAGAUGAUCCUGGUCUAUGAGUUCAUGUCCAAUGGUCCAUUCAGAGAUCAUUUAUACGGAAAGAACCUUGCUCCCCUUACCUGGAAACAGCGACUUGAGAUCUGUAUCGGUUCUGCACGUGGGCUUCACUAUCUGCACACAGGAACUGCACAAGGGAUUAUCCACCGUGACGUCAAAUCAACCAACAUUCUUCUCGACGAUGCUUUAGUUGCCAAGGUAGCUGACUUUGGUCUUUCUAAAGAUGUGGAAUUUGGACAGAACCAUGUCAGCACGGCAGUGAAAGGAAGUUUCGGGUACCUAGACCCUGAAUACUUUAGGAGACAGCAACUUACGGACAAGUCUGAUGUUUAUUCAUUUGGUGUCGUUCUUCUAGAAGCUCUCUGCGCAAGACCAGCCAUCAACCCUCAGCUACCAAGAGAACAGGUUAACUUAGCUGAAUGGGCUAUGCAAUGGAAACGAAAAGGGAUGCUCGAAAAGAUCAUUGAUCCUCAUUUGGCUGGCACGAUAAACCCUGAAUCGAUGAAGAAGUUUGCGGAAGCUGCAGAGAAGUGUUUGGAAGAUUAUGGUGUUGAUAGGCCUUCAAUGGGAGAUGUUUUGUGGAACUUGGAAUAUGCUCUUCAGCUUCAAGAAGCAUUCACUCAGGGCAAAGCAGAGGAGACUGAGAACGGUGAGCCAGUAACAUCUCUUCCGCCAGCAGAUACAACUCCAAUCGCUCCUGCACCCACCACCAACAAGGUGGAAGAGAACAAUGGUGCUGCUGAGGUUCAGGCCGUGGACGAACACUCUGGAACAGCCAUGUUUACUCAGUUUGCUAACAACCUUAACGGAAGAUAAAUCUUUAACUAACAGAUAUAAACAAAACAAAGACAGAAAGCAUGCACCAAAACGAAUUUCUUGUCAUGAUCAGUAAUUGAAAUAGAAAAAUGACUUCUGAAGGCCAUAUGUUUGUUUCUUUUUUAUGUUUUUGUGGUGGUCCACGGAAACCUGUGUGAUAUUUAUAUUUUUGGUGUGUAUUAUGUCAAAAUUUAUCUUCUUCUUUUUGUAUGAAUUGUAAUUUAUGGGUGGAUAUGUAUACUACUAAAUGCUCUCAUGCAUUUAUCUACGUAUCCUCCUUUGUUGUAGUUGUUAAUCAUAGGUUGCUAAUACAACUUCACAUUGAAACUUAAGUGUGUGUGUGUGUGUGAUGAUGAUGAAUCUUCCUAAAAAAAUUAGAAUUUCAUUGUACACAACAAAAAACUCUUCAUGUUUUCGUAGAAGUGAUUGGUUUUACGGUCUGUACAUAUUUUUUAGACCAAGCAUUAGGCUAAAGUUUAGGUAACUUCUUUGCAAAUAAACUCCUCUCCAAGGUGUUUAAACUGGGAUGAAUGUGUUUCUCCUCUGGUAUGAGCUCUAGUUGAAGCUGCUGUCACAUGUCAAACUUAACUAGCUAAAUUAAGAAAAUGACCUCAAUGUUUUGUUUUUGAACAAAAAAAAAAGACCUCAAUGUUUUGUGUGUAUCAUUGACUAUUUGGAUUUAAGCUUUGAUUGUUACUGAUUAGAAUCAGUGUUUAGUCUACAACCUCUGUUAGAUAAUGGUCACAUAAACCAUUUCUUUCUUUAGAUGGGGUUACACUGGUGCUGAUCAUCUGUAUUCAUUAUAUUGUAUGUAUAUAAAAUGUAUGGGUAGCAAACUCAUACCAAGUGUUUGUAGGAGAGGAAGUAUAGGUGAGAAAAGAUUAGGGUCAGUCACAGAUUAUGCAAAAAAUUGAGAACCAUAAUAAUAAAAUAAAAUAAAAACCAGAAAUAGAAACCAUUCCCUUCAAUUAAGCAAAUGUCUUCUCUUUUUCUCUUUCUUUUUCCUUCAGUAAGCUAUAUAAAUAGAUAACCGAAAGAGCCAAAGUUUUUUUGCUUUUGUUCUCUCCUCUAUCUAUGAACUAUGGAAAACAUAAGUGAGCUGGUCGCUUUUGACAUGGGAGGGCUAAGAAACAACCUUCCCAGAAAGAGAGGAUUGUCAAGGUACUACUCGGGGAAAGCAAGAUCAUAUGCUUGCAUCUCAGAUGUCAAAUGCCUAGAAGAUCUAAAGAAACCAACCCAUCCUCUUGAUGAUGAUGAUGAUGAUGAAGAUGAUGCCUACAAGAAGAGGAAGAAGAAGAAUAGGCAAUCAUCUUCAUCUUCAUUUUCUGCAGCUGUUAACAGCAAUGUUAAUUAUCAAAACUACCCGUGUCGUAGAGUCUCUAGUAGCACACACUGUUCCACACCUUGUGUUGGUGCUUAGCUUUUUUUCUUUCUUAAACCAGUUUCUUAAUUUACCACACCUUCAUCAGUCGCCCUUGGUUUUUUCCCCAACCUAACACUCAAACACAUGCUAUUGUUAUAUUAAUUAUUUCUUAAUGUU